AUUCGAGUGGAGCUGCCAUGAUGAGCAGCAGCAGCAACAGACAGGACGGCCCUGCAGGACUGUGGGACUCUGUGAAGAAAGCUGCCGUUGUCAUCGGAUCUGGAAUCUUAUUCUUGGCUGCGUUCGGCAACUCGCUGACAUGGCAUCUUCAGAGAUUCUGGGGAGCUUCGGGCGAUUUCUGGCAGAACAUGUGGACCCGGCUGUACGUGGCAUAUGAGGGUCAUGAUGCUGCUCUGUUCUUCUUUGGGACGAUGUUCAUCCCCACCGUGGCGUUCUGGGUCCCAAAUGCUCUGCUGCUGUUGGCGGACACCACCGGUAAACCUUCCUUCAUCACACGCUACCGCAUCCAGAUGGACAAGAACAACCCGGUGGAUCCAGCAAAGCUCCGUCAUGCACUGAAGACCAUCCUCUUCAACCUGUUCCUCAUCUCGGGGCCCAUGGUUGUGGCAGUUUACAUCCUGAUGAGCUGGAGAGGGAACCCCUGUGGCCCCGAGCUGCCCACCUUCCACUGGGCCCUGACGGAAAUGGCCAUCUUCUCCCUCAUAGAGGAAAUUAUGUUCUACUACUCACACAGGCUCUUCCAUCAUCCUGGCUUCUACAAGCAUUAUCACAAACAGCACCACGAGUGGACCGCUCCCAUCGGCAUCGUCUGCAUUUACGCUCAUCCCCUGGAGCACAUGAUCUCUAACAUGCUGCCGGUGGUGCUCGGACCCUUGAUCCUGGGCUCCCACGUGGCCACCACCACCCUCUGGUACUGCCUGGUCCUGUGGAGCACCACCAUCUCCCACUGUGGAUACCACCUCCCCUUCCUGCCCUCCCCGGAGUUCCACGACUUCCACCACCUCAAGUUCAACCAGAAUUUCGGCGUGCUCGGUGUGCUUGACCGGCUCCAUGGCACUGACAGCAAAUUCCGUCAGACCAAGCAGUACGAACGCCACACCCUGCUCGCCAGCCUCACCCCGCUGAACGAGAGCAUCCCUGACUCCCCCAAGAAGGCUCAGUGAUGACCCGUGACCCCUGACCUCUAAAACCUCAGGCCUAGGCCUCACCAAGUUUGGGAAUGUCACCGUGACACGUGGAGAUAAAAUUUCCAAAUUGAUCCUAAAAUGACGAUUAAGAUUUUGAUCCAGAAAAGCUGUUGAUCAGUGAUCAGACAGUGAAUGUCUGCUCAGACUGUGGUUAUCUGUGGUUUUAUUUUUACAAGAUGAAAUAUUGUUUUCGCACUUAACCAGAUGUGCAGGUUUCAUGCUGAAGUUCAGCCUCCUCUGUGGGUGAGGAAGUUUAUAAGCCUCUCAUGAUUGGUUCACUGUUGGUGAAGUCACAGAGAAGUCAGUAGUUCAGGGUUGUUAUCUGUAACAUCCUAUAAGUGUAAAGGUUUAAAGAAGCUCUUAAUAGAUGAAGUUAUACAUGAUAAAAAUAGAUUGUUAGAUUUUUUACUUUCAUGUGUAAUUUUGUUUUUCUUCUGGAUAUUUUAGUCCUUAGAUAUUUGUAUUUUCAUGAUUAUUUUAAGAUUUCAUAAAAAAAUUUAGACAAAUCUUUUUAAAACAAUAACAUAGAAUUGUUUUUGUAUAGCACCAAAUCAUAACAUACAGUAUCUCAAGGCACUUUAAAUGUUUAGGACUCAAAAAUGUGAAAGUUUGUUUUUAAGUUACAGUUCCUAAUUUAGGUUGAAAGAAUAAUUUGGGGAUGUGAGUGAAAACAAAUAAGUCACUCUAGUUUAAUUUUUACCUUGUACUGAAACACACACAGUUUUUAGUCUGUCCUGCCCUCCAUGUUUAAACUAAACUGUGAGGUAUUUAAAAUAUAGUCAGAAGAAAUGCUUUCUAUCGAUUCACAGCUUCUAGCAUUCAUGAUUAACAAAACAGCGCUUCAGAUAACACAUUUGAAUUCAUAAAUAAUUUCGUCAGGAACAGAUUCUGGUUGUAACGUGAAGUAAAACUCUGUUGUAGUUAUAAAACAGAUCAUAAAUCUCUUUUACUAUUUUAAGUCUGGUUUACAAACAUCUCACCAGUUCAAACUCAUGUUCACUUGCUGCUCAGAGAGGGUUUGGGUUUAUGCACUUUUCUUUUCCAUGGGGCUUAAACAUACCCCUGAGGGUUAAAUGUGUCUUAAUGUAUUACAGAGGACCUCAUUAAUAUUUGUAUCACAAGAACUGAUUGUUGGGAAAAAAAUGUUUAAUUAAUAAAAUAAUGAAGAUCUUCCUUACAGUGGUUGAUUUGUUUUGAAGAUGUUUUACUGGACUAUUUGAUAGUGUUAAAACUUUUGAUAAAGAUGAAGAAAACACUAACCUUCACCCUAAGAAAAAAGGAUUAACCCUAACCCUAGUUACAACCCCCUAACCCUGAUUACAACCCCAGACCUAGUAACAACUCUAACCCUAAACCUAAUUACAACCCUAACUCUAAUUACAAACCUAACCUUAGUUACAACCCUAACCCUAGUAACCUAGUAACAACCCUAACCUACCCCCAACCCUAACCCUAAUUACAAACCUAACCUUAGUUACAACCCUUACCCUAAUAGUAAUAUCAAUAAUCACAACCCUAACCCUAACCCUUAUUUCAGCCCUAACCCUAACCCUGGCUGCAACCCUAACCCUAACCCUAUUCACCCUAAGGUGAAUAACUCUGCGCUGCUUGCUAGAAACGUGCUGAAAUUUGGUGUGGGUGCGUGGCUGUCUCCCCUUUAGUAUGUGUGAAAUGCCCACGUCUCUACGACUUUCAGAAAAAAAGUUAUUCCAAAAUAUUGUGUACUUUUUGAUUGAGAUUUGGUGCUUUGACCCUUUCCAGAGGUCAUAGAACCUCGGGGAUGGUACCAAUGGAUCGGGCAUCCCCACAUUAGUUCAGAUGGAACCCACUUCCAAGUCUCUAUGACCUUCAGAACAAAGGUUAUUCAAGAAUAUCUUGAUCUCCGAUGGGUUUUCCUCCCCAACCCUAACCCUGGCUGCAACCCUAACCCUAACCCUCAUUUCAGCCCUAACCCUAUUCACCCUAAGGUGAAUUACUCUGCGCUGCUUACUCAAAAUGUGCUGAAAUUUGGAAAAAAAGUUAUUCCAAAAUAUUGUGUACUUUUUGGCUGAGAUUUGGUGGUUUGACCCCUUCCAGAGAUCGUAAAAGCUUGGGGAUGGUACCAAUGGAAGUUAUUCAAGAAUAUCUUGAUCUCCAAUGGUUUUUCAUCCUUAACCCUGGUCACAACCCUAACCCUAGUCACAACCCUAACCCUAACACUAGUCACAACUCUAACCCUUAUCCUAACAACCUUAAAUCUAAUUACAACCCUGACACUAACAACCCUAAACCUAGUUACAACCCUAAUCGUAGUAACCCUAACCUUAAUUACAGCCCUAACAGUAAAUACAAGCUUAUCCCUAGAUACAAACUUAAACCUAAUUAUUACCUCAGCCCUAAAGCAAAUCCUAACCCACAAACUACCCUAAAGAGGAGAGUACCUGUGAAUAUGUCCUUACAUUCCCUCAUUCCAGUCUUCACAAGAUUUAAGUACAAGUUUACACACAUGUAUACACACAAAGAAAUAAACAGUCAACAGUCAUGUUUGAGGUUUUUUUGUCCGUUUUGUGGUUUUUUUUCUUUAUUAAAGGAAAGCAUAAUUACUACAAAUUACAAAUAACACUAAUAGCGAAUCACAUCAGCCUACAAAGCAGAUAUUAUGAAUAUUAAAUGAUAUUAUACAAGAUCUCAUUCAAGUAUUUUACAUUUUUCCAUUUUAUAUAUUUUUUUGUUUUUUUCCUCGUUUUCAUCUUUUUUUCCUCAUGACAAGCCUAGGAUAUUGUAAUGUAAUGAACUAUUUUAAUGGUUCAUAUACAGUUAUUUCUUAUUCAUAUGGCUUUAUGGAAUUUCGUCCUGUUUUCAGUCUCCGGUCAUCAUAACAAGCCAUAUUCCUCUCAGCAACGUCACAAACCCCACUCAGGUUCUUUCUCUUUUUUCUUGUUUUCUGCGGCUCUCUCUCUCUUCCCUGUGUCCAUCAUUCAUCCCUCCUGUGUCCGGCCAACUGGCUACGUCAAUGAGAAACUGCUGAAUGGAGGCUGCAGUGCCCCCUACAGUUUAGUUUGGACAUCUAACAGCAGUUCUAAGCUGACAGUUCCAAAAACACUUGAAACGCCCAAAUGUCUGAUGGCAGGUGAUGAUCACAUUAGAGGGAGGGAUCACUUGACUUUCCCAGGAGGAAGGCACCCCCUUCUGGCAGAACGUCAUGUCUGCACCCACCCACCAGCUCCCGGCUUUCGCUGGUUUUGGGAAAUUCACAGAGUUUUGCUUUCCUCAACAGUUUGUAGCUUUUUCUGUCUUCAAACCUCCAGUAAACAACUUGAUGCAUCAACUGCAAGUUUCUGAAACUGAUCCAAAUCUCCCUGAAGUUAAACCAACAUGACAUUGAAAGUAAAAGAAAAUAGUAAAUAUAGCUUUGCUUUGCAUUUUCAUGUUUCCAACAAUUUGGGGUUUAGAGGAAGAAAGUGAAGAAACACUGACAAGACGAUGUGAUAUCCACCUCCAAUCUGCUGGAACAUCAACCAACAGGAUAAAUGAUGAUAGGACCUUGACUUAAAAAAUAACAAUAACAGGCACAAUGUGUCCAACGAAGAUUCAACUAAAUUGACAGGCUUUGUCUAGUUUAAUUCCUCAAAAGCAUUUGAAGAUAAUGUGACUGUACUCUGCAGCAAACAUAUGUUAUGUCAAUGAAAAAUCGGUCAAUUCAUCUGCAUCACGAUAAACACUUGUAUUAAGACUCAAUAUUCUCCUCCAAAUUAUUUUUUAACCAUUUUAAACUUUGCUGACACUGUCAAAAACCUGGAGGCUGAAGAUUUGAUAAUUCUUUGGGUCACGUUAACAGUUGGUUGAAAUGUCGCUGUUAUUUUGGCUAAAACAGCAAAUGAUCUGAUUUAACAUGAUAAAACUUUGAACAGGUUUUGUUUUUAACAGACACACGUCGACAACCUGAUGUCAACUUUCCCUUUUGUGAUGUGAACCAUGUUCCUCAUUCUGAAAUCCACAGAUGUUUUUUUUUUUAAUUAGCCACAAAACUCACCUUUAUCAUAGCAACGCUAGAAACACUGCAAAUUGAAAUUAAAAAGCAUUAAAAGAUAUUAUGAGAACAUAAAAAAAAAAAAA